AUGUCACCCUCAAUCCAACCCGUGUGGGCCCGGAGCCGGCGAUCCUUUUUCUUUUAUCUUACCUGCGCCUUCGUCCUUGUCGCCGUCCUGUUCGCCUUCUCCGGCACCUUUCCUCGGCGCUUAGCUGAACCCGAGAGCCACCCAAAACCCGCAUCAUCCAAGCCAUACUGGAACCAAGGGACCACGACAUGGCGAUUCGACCCCGCCCGCGACGCCAGAAAUCUCGGCCUGUCCGACGAACAAUGUGACAUUGCUUUCCCGGACCUCUACACUGAAGUCUACCGUGCCCGUGACCAUCUCGGCCUGAAUUCCGUCAAGCAGAUCCAGGUCCAAAUCUACUCGGAGCGGAAACCCUGGGCCCAUGCCCAGAUCCAUGUCCUCAUCCACUCGGGACAGUUGUACAUUGUCGACGAAAUGAAAGGCGCAUCCAACCGCGCCCGCGCUCUCGCCGGCCUCGCCAACCUCUACCGCGCCAUCACCGCCCUCGACGACCCCAGCACCAUUCCAAACGUCGAGUUCAUCCUCGACCUCGAGGACACGCCGACCCUCGACGCACCCAAGGACCGCAUCGUCUGGGGCUGGAACCGGCCAAAGUCUAAUCUCAACACCUGGGUCGCUCCCGACUUUGACGGCUGGGCCUUCCCCAACCCGGAUCUCGGCUCCUACAUCUCCUUCCGCGACCGCAUCCAAUACACCGAGCAGCCCUUCGUCACCAAGAUCCCCAAAGCCGUCUGGCGCGGCGCCAACAACAACCAAGUCCGCGAAGCCCUCCUCUCCGUCGUCGAAGCCUCCGAGGCCCACCAAUCCAGCUCCCUCUCCUCCUCCACCUCCGCCCAAUCCACCGGCAGCGGCAGCAGCAGCAGCACGCUCGACGAAUCCUGGGCCGACGUCCGCAAGAUGAGCGAGCACCGCAUGCACAUGGCCGAGUUCUGCAAGUACAUGUUCCCGAUCCACACCGAGGGCGUCGCCUGGAGCGGGCGGCUGCGCUACCUGCAAAACUGCGAGUCCGUCCCCAUCAUCCACCAGCCGCUGCAGCACCAGGCCCACUACUACGACCUGCUCGCCGCCGACGGGCCGCACCAGAACUACAUCGCCGUCCGCAACGACUUUGCCGACCUCGAGGAGAAGGUCAAGUUCUAUCUCGACCGCCCGGAGCUCGCGGCGCGCAUCGCGCGGAAUUCCGUCGCCACGUUUCGGGAUCGCUACCUCACGCCUGCGGCCGAGGCGUGCUAUUGGCGGCGGAUGAUCAGGAGCUGGAGCGAGGUGCAGGCGUGGGAGCCCGAGAAGUAUGUCGACGUCAUGCAGCACGACGGCAGCGUGUGGAAGAAGCAGCGCGGCGUCGAUUGGGAGAUUUUCGCCGCCACCGACCCGCAUUAUGUUUUGGAUUUUCCGGGAUAUGGGAAUGGGGAGGGGAAAGAGGGGAAGGAGGAAUGA